AUGCCCAAAAAACGAUGGAUACUUUGCUUAAGCUUAUCAAACAUGACUGCUUUAUAUAGCUACACAUUAAUGUACCAUAUACCACGGCACCCCAUUUUUCUAGCUUUCUGCAAAAUGGGAUUGGUUAUGAGUUUCAUGGGAGGAGGGUCGUUGUACUCGCAAAUGUUGGAUUACUUAUCAGGAAAAGUGUACAACGAGUUCGUAGCCAAAAAUAUCAGCACCCCUGACGACUUUCAAGUCGCUAUUCUCGACAUCUUCAACACUCUGAACACUGGAUUGCCUGGUAAACACUACGAUGUGCCACCACGCGAUGAAGUAAAGGAGUUCUUCUACAAUGUGUGGAAUAAAGCUAGUAGUGAAGAUAAAAGGACAAAGUUCGUGAAAUUUAUAGCAAUGCAUGUGAAACCGAACAAGAUCGAUCGCGCAACAAUGAUCACAGGAAUAGUGACCCCUCCAAUAGCAAUGGCAGCCAAAAGAAGUGGAGAGAAUGUUCCACAGCUUAAAAUGAUAAAGGCCGUCCCUGACGCCUUAUUUGUGCCCUUCACAACAGUAGUAGCUCUCUUCUCCGUUAAGAUCACCAGAAGGUUUAUCACAUAUAAACCAUCUUAGUUAUGCCCUUUAAAUGUGUGUUUAAUAAAAUCAUUGUCAAUGUAAACUAUUUGUAUUGCUGAUUAUAAAACACGAUUUGGCGUUUUUUUAAA